GUUUGACACAUCGUCCGCGAGUGGUCGUGCGGUUCGCCAGUGGGCAAGGUAAGAUGGCGGCGGAUGGGAAUGACCCGAUCCCCGAUGCAGCAAAAGUGCGAAUAGUUUCCGAUUUUAUAUUGCAUUCACCACCGGGUGAAUUCAAUGAGGUAUUCAAUGAUGUGCGAGUACUUCUAAACAACGAUGUACUAUUAAAGGAAGGUGCCUGCGGAGCAUUCGCUCAAUACAAUAAGGAUCAGCUCACGCCUGUUAAGGUGGAUGGGAGCGAAUACCCGGCUUUGAUAACGGAGCACAAUGACUUGGGAGGACAGAGGUUUUACGAUGCUCGUAGCAAGCAGAGCUUCAAGUAUGAUCAUCUCAGAAAGGAGGCUCAGGACUAUGAAACGUAUGAGCCUGACGAAACUGCCGAGCCAUGGAGAUCAGCCCUUCAGGAAGAAAUAACGAAUUAUACUCAGAGUCAUUAUAGACAUGGCGCUUCUUCCGUUUUUGGCAAGAGUCAAGGAGGAAAUAUAACGCUAACGGCUUGCAUAGAGGAUCAUCAAUUUCAGCCGAAGAAUUUUUGGAACGGACGUUGGCGAUCAGUGUGGAACGUGAGUUUUAGCCCGAGUUCGGGUAUCGCAGAAUUGCGUGGUAGUCUAAAAGUACAAGUGCACUAUUACGAGGACGGUAACGUGCAGUUGGUGAGCAGCAAAGAGGUAAAGGAAAGUUUACCGAUUACGAAUGAGAAGCAAACAGCAAAGGAGUUGAUACGUCUUGUGGAAGAAUCUGAGAACGAUUAUCAGACGGCAAUUUCGGAAAAUUAUCAAACAAUGUCGGACACAACGUUCAAGGCUCUACGACGGCAAUUGCCGGUGAUGCGAACGAAAAUCGACUGGAACAAAAUCGUCUCGUACAGUAUUGGCAAAGAGCUUAAAAGUCAAUAGAAGAUAGAUUUUUUAUAUAAUUAUUAAGAGAAUUAAAUAUACAUUACGAAAGAGAAGAAGAAAAGAAAUCGAAGAAAAGGAGAAGGAAGGAAAAUAAUAACAAAACGAAGGAAACAACAAACAAAUAAUAAAAUUUUUAAAACGAGGGAAAAAUCGCAUUUUUUUGCUGCAUGAGUCAAGUCUGGGGGUGUGAUGUGGAUGGGAGCAUAUGUAACAAUGCCGAUAGAAUAAUCAUGUUACUAAUAAUAAAAACCAACAAACAAACAAAACAAACUCGUAAACAGGAGAAUAAAGUGUUCGAUCAAAGUUCACAACGUGCACAAAAAUCGUAUAAUAAUUGGUACCGCAAUUUGAAUCCUUUAAAUGCAACAGAAAUCUUUUUUUUUCACAAAAAGGGUAAAAGGUUAUUGAAAAUAAUAUCUUUAUUGCACUUUAAUGAUGUAAUCAUUCAAAUUACGAAUAUCCUCGUUAUCGUAAAUAUUUUUAACCCUAGACUUCUAUGAUUUUUUUGUGUCGUAAACUCUACGACAGGGUAAUUAAUUUUCUUAAUCGUUUUUUUACCAUAUAUAAUGUUUUCCGUAUGAAUGCAGUUUAAUCAACAAUAUUCUCUUCUUUUUUUACGUUUAAAAAAUCAAGUGAAAUUCAUAUUUUUUGCGCGUUGGGUAACUGAUUAUCCAGGUGUAGGAGGCUAGGGUUAAGAUCUAGAAAGCUUCGCUGUCAAUUUGUACGAAUAUUUCGAAAGAAUUGUGCGCAACUCGAAUGAAUCGAAAUUAAUUUCACUAUGUAACGGAAAAGCUAAAUUUCCACUCUUUCCAGCCCUACGAAUCUGUAAAAAAAUGACCAAUUAUUUAAAAAUCUUGCUCACCUAACUUGCAAAAACAUAACCAAAUGCUUAGUUCACGGCCAACGAAGGCUAAAUUCCAUAAAAAAAAAAAAAUAAAAAAGAAAAUUGAUUGGAAGCUCAGUACAGGAUUUUGAUUAUAACAAUGAGAAGACCUAGCGAAAAAUUAAAGAGUUCCAUAGAAUUGCACAACAAUGACAAAAACACAAAAAUGGCCAAUAAAAAUUCGAUGUUUCCGGCCGAGAGGAGUGCUGUGUCAGUGAAACAGCAUUUUUUCUACUUUCCUCGAAUAUACAAAACGGGACUAAAAGAGAAUUUUGUAAAAAAAAUAAGGAAAGAACAAAAAAAUAGCGGCAGUCCGAUCUCGUCUGAAGAUCCUUGAAAAAGACGCGAAAAAAAGUUAAAAACCGCAAACACAUUUUUCUAUCGAACCUUGAAUAAUUGUUUGAUAUUAUCUACACCGAUUGCGAUCGAUACUCAAGAAGAUUUGGUACUGAAAAAAACAGGAGAUAAUCGAUGAAGUAUCGAAUUUUGUGUCUCGUAUACACGCAUUUGUUGAUAAUUUUUUUCCUUUUUUUUUCAACAAUAUUUUUUUUCUACGAGUGACCAGUGAGGCGCGGAGAAUUUUUGGUGCUAUCGCUCACCCACACAUUGCACAGCCAGACAGGAAAAGAGACGAGGAAGAGAGAGAGAGAGAGACAGAUAAAGGGAAAAUGAAAGAAAUAAAAAUUAAAAAAAAAACAGUACAUAAUGCAUUGUACAUUGUAGAACAUAGCCUAUAGCCUGCUGGAGCCUUAAUCUGUUCACAUUUUUGCGUUGGAAGAGAAUUGUGUAAAUAUGUUAUUCGAAAGUAUGAGUGCAAGUGAAAAAGUUGCGAGAGAAUAAGCGAAACGAAAGGAAAUGCGAAAGAAAAAAUCUGAAACACGCACCAGGCAUUUGAAAUGGAGAAAAUAAAACGAUAGAAGGAGCAAAAGACACAGAAAUUGUAUAACUUUGAAAUUUGCAUCGUUGGAAUGCAAAUCCUUUUUCGGUGCCUGUAAUUUAUUCACAGUUCUCGUUACGAAACAUUGUUGAGGUUUGCUUGGGAACGAAGAGAAAAAAUUUGCAAAAUGAGAGGAUACGAAAAAAAAAAAUUCGUUGUAUUCCAACGAUGUGAAUUUUAAUACCCCUCAAGCGUUGGUAUUGAACUUUGAAUGAUUGCAAAUCGAUGAGAGUUCCUCUCGAUUAUUUUUCAACAUCCUAACUUUCAAAAUUACCAGCAUUUUUCUUAUUUUUGUUGCUGGUUUUGAAAGGCAAGAUCGAGGAAAAAUUCGACCAAUUUUCAUAGCCUAAAACUGCACUCAAAUGCGAGGCAACGUUGAAACAAUGUAACUAUGAAAUUUCAACAGUGUGAGAAUAUCAAAUUCGUUAAAAAAUUCACUCCUCCCUCCAAUUAAUUUGGGAGUCAUACGGUAAAAUUACGUUUUUCUGCAAUUCCAAGUUCAAACGAAAAAUAACGCAAUGGCUAUUUCUUUACUCUGCGAUAUUCGAGUGAAAAAGAAAGACGAAACAUUGACUUUAUUGAAAAGAUGAUGAAAAUCAUAUGUUCAUCAGAUGUAAUUAAGAAGCGUAAAUAGAAAAGAAAUCAAUUCAUCACAUUGCCAGCAUGAAAUUCCAAAAUCAUUAAUGUAAAAAAAAAAAAUAUUAAAAUUCCCCUUAACCAGAAACGAAACUUCUCAAUAAUUUUUUUUACCCAAAAUAAUCACGUUUUCUUAUCGACUCAAAUUAAUCGUCGAGUUGGCCUUUUUUUCAUUCCAAAAGCUGUCCAUCUCAGCUGACAGGCAUUUCAAUGUUUAGAUAAUUACAGUAGACCAACGUAAGAUAGAGAAAGAAAUAAAAAAAAUUAACAAAAAGAAAACUACAUAACGAGCAUAAUAGUGACUUGGGAGAACAAUUAUCGAGAAUAUCGCAAAUGUAAAGAGCUACAUGUAAAUAAAAUCGUACAUGUUUUGUCCCCCCCCCCCCCUCCCUCCCCCUCGCCACUGCCCCUCCAAAUAUCGUCAAAUAAACCAUAAUAAUAAUAUAAGAAAAUAUAAACUGAGGAAAGUUGUGUUGUAUUACGAGCGUGAACUACAAACGACAGUGUUGAAGUUUCAAAUCUUAUCAAACUCUAAAAAAAUCCAUACUAAUUAACAAAAAAUGUGUGUAUAUAUAUAUAUGCAUACUAGAAUUAGGGUACUCUACUCACAAUCAAGUGUAUCUCGACAUAAGUAAAAGUGUUGAAGUUUGCAACGUUGAAAUGUAACGGAAUUACAAACGUUUUCUAACUAGAAUAGGUCAAUCGUUCUUCGUUUAUUUUUAGGAACUUUUGGAAGGUGAAUUUUGAGCAGAAAAAUAUUGACCGAUUAACUUAUUUGUUUUUUGAACUAAUUCUUUCAACAUCAAAAAUUAAAUUGAAAAUUUUGCUGAACUUGUUAUUUUUCAUACUUUUUAAUAAAAUUUCAAAUUAUUUGUAUUAAAAUGAAUUUUUUAUCUGUGAAAAAGCUGUAUUUCAUGAUCUAUGUGUUUUUAAACGAAUUUUAAUAACUUUUGGGAAUUAAUGUUAGAUAUUGAAAUUGGAUUAUUGUGAAUAUUUUUCUGUAGACACCUUUGAUAACCGAAGAAAUGGAUUAAUGGAAAGAAAAAACACUUUUGUUGCCUUGCAACGAUGCACAUUUCAAUGCUGUCAUAAGUAUCGCAUGUCCUCGUGUAAAAAAAUCCUUUCAAGAGAGAUGAUGGACAAAAAGAAGAAUAUCGAGGGAAAAAAACUGCAAUUUAUUGGUUGAAUUAUGUAAUAUUGAAUGUUACUAUUGAGUUAAUAAAGUGAAAUGCCACUUUGACUAUUGAGCUCUGUACUUGUGCGAUUUUCAUGCGACUCUUGUAGAGAAAAAAUUGCAAACGUUAUUGUAUCAAUUGCUUUAGAUUUGCUAAAUUUGACCAGAUUGUUCAGGGUGAUUAGAAUGGAAUUAUCGAUCGAUUAUUGUCCUUGGGAAUGUUUUUUCUUUAUGAUAAUAAAAGAUUUUUUAACUGUCA